AUGAAAAUACGCGUAUCGGUUCCCUGGACAGGUGUCUUCAUUGACUAUUUUCAGAAUGCUGACCUUUUCAAUAUCUCAACUGCCCACCUCCUUCCUAUAUAUUCCCCAAAUCCUUCUGUUUUUUUUCACUUUUCACUAUCAAUUCCUUCUUCCGCAAUCCAUCAACUAAAAACCCCAAUUCCAAUUCCAAUUCAAAUUCCUCCGAUGACCAAACCGACCAAUCUCCGGUGCUUCACCGCCAUUCUCCUCGCCAUCCUCCUCCUUUCUCAGUAUUCAUUCGCCGCCGCCAGACCGCUGACGACCGGCUAUAUCGCAGCAUCUUCCACGCCGGAAAAAGUUCAAUUCGACGCCGGAAAGUUUAAGAGUUUGUAUUUAAGUUCGUUACCGAAGAAGACUCGUGUUCCGGCGUCUGGACCUAGCCGGAGAACCAACGCCAACAAGACUUAA